AUUUCCGUUGGUGUUUGUUGUUCCCUAAAAACUUUACAAAAUUCAAUUUUUCCAUUUCCAUUUUCAUAAUAAACAAAUAAAUAAAUAAAUAAAUAACGCUUCUUCAACUUCAACACCACCACCACAACACAUUCUAGUAACAGAAAAACGAUGUCGUUUGCGACGGAGGUGAAGAAUCAAUAUCAGAACGAGAAAGAAAACCCUAACCCUAACCCUAAUCCAAGUUCGCCAGUGAAGAAACGAGCACCACGGUGGUCUGAUUUAUGGCUCAAACACACCAAAUCGAAGCCGUUAGAGCAAAUGGUUGUUGCUGCUGCAGCUGCAAUGCAGCUUCACUCUCUCACUUCACCUCGCAAAUCGAAUACCAACGCAGUAAUCCCAAAUUUCUCAAUCAUUGAUCGAACCUUGUUGUUGUCUGAUGUGAUUCUUCUCAAGAUUCUGUCCAAGCUGCCGGAUUCGCAGAGGAAUGAUAAUUCGUUGGUUUGUAAGAGAUGGUUGAAUCUACAAGGUCGGCUCGUUCGUUCGAUUAGGAUUCUUGAUUGGAAUUUUGUUUUGUCUGGUAGGUUGAUUCAUAGGUUUCCGAAUCUUAAUCAUGUUGAUUUGAUUCCUGGGUGUUUGAUUUUAGCACAAAGUUCGAAUAUUGUGAUGAGCGGUAAUGUUUUGUCGAUGGGUGUUGAUUCGGGGUGUUCGCCGAAUUGGUAUAAUUGUGAGGAGAAUAUGCUUCCUGUUGAAGUUAUUGAUAAUGGGUUGACUGCUUUGGCGGGCGCGUGUCCGAAUUUGAGGAGGGUGCAAGUGAUUGGUGCUAGUGAGAUGGGUUUGCUUAGUGUGGCGGAAGAGUGUCCUACGUUGCAGGAAUUGGAGCUUCAGAGGUGUAGUGAUAAUGUGUUGCGUGGGAUAGCGGCGUGUGGGAAUUUGCAGAUUUUGAAAUUGGUUGGGAAUGUGGAGGGUUUUUAUGGUUCCGUGGUUUCGGAUAUUGGUUUGACUAUUUUGGCUCAGGGUUGUAAGAGGCUUGUGAAGCUUGAGCUUUGUGGUUGUGAAGGGAGUUUUGAUGGGAUUAAGGCGAUUGGGAAGUGUUGUCAGAUGUUGGAGGAGUUGACUUUGUGUGAUCAUAGGAUGGAUGAUGGAUGGUUGGCUGCGGUUUCGUAUUGCGAGAAUUUGAAGACGUUGAGGUUGCAGUCUUGUAAGAAGAUUGAUUUGAAUCUGGGGGUUGAUGAGUAUUUGGGUUCUUUUCCUGCACUUCAAAGGCUGCAUUUACAGAAAUGUCAGUUGCGGGAUAAGAAGAGUGUUGCCGCUUUGUUUUCUGUUUGUAGGUCUGCUAAGGAGAUUAUUAUUCAGGAUUGCUGGGGAUUGGAUAAUGGCAUGUUCGGCUUUGCAACUGUUUGCAGGUGCGUAAAGUUGCUUCACUUAGAAGGAUGCUCGUUGCUAACAACACAAGGUUUGGAUUCUGUAAUACAUUCAUGGAAGGAGCUUCAAAGCCUUAGGGUAGUCUCAUGUAAGAAUAUAAAGGAUACUGAAAUCACUCUUUCACUUGCUACCUUAUUCACCACUCUCAAAGAAUUGAAAUGGAGGCCAGAUACCAAAUCUCUUCUUCAAUCAAGUCUCAUGGCGGUAAGUAUAGGGAAGAAAGGUGGGAAAUUUUUUAAAAGAACCCUAACGUGACUCUUAAAUUUGUCGUGUAGUAGUAGUCAGUGUUGUCAACAGUUGCGAACAAUGGCAGUUGUUUAGUGUCACUAUAGUUACUAUCUGACAAUUCUUGUACUAGUUGUCUAAUAAACAUAGGCAUUGUUUUAAAAACAGAUUAUUUUCACUGACAUAGUGAAAAUUGUAGCAUUACCAAUUUGUAAGAUACUUUUUUCUUUUCACAUAGAUGUUGAUGGGGAAGAUUAUUCUUUAUUUUUCUUCCUUUUGUUAGACAAAGAAAGAAGCUUAGAGAUGUAAAUAUGUAAAAGGUAAACUAAGUUCAUAGGAGUGGAAAUUGGGACAUCUGCAUUUUCUUUCUACAAUGUGAAAGUUUAGUGAAAUAAUAAGCAUGUUACUGUUGUCUGUGAUGGCCUUGCCUUUGGCUUUUGAACGUGCUAAUGUAUAAACUUUGCAAUUUUAUUUUGGAAUACUUGUUUCUGGAAUAUUCUUAUGGAUGUUAGUAUUAGUUAUCAGUCUUUUAAGCAUGUUGGCGGAUUCAAGUGGUUAAUGAAUUUAUUUCAACACAAAUUGUUUAGAAGAACUUGAGUGGUCACCAUUCAAAUAAAAAAAAAAAAGAAAAAAGAAGUUAAAUUCACUCUUUCUAAUUUAGAAAUUCGUGACUAAAAAAAUUCAUUGUUUCAACCCACUCCAUUAUUUCUCAAGCACCUCAAAACUUCAAUUCCCCCCUUUUCAGACGUCUCUAUCUAGAAGCUUCAUUUCAAAGCGCAUAUUUAUUAUAGUCAUGAGUUUACUAUCCCCUCCCCCAUUCUAAGUUUCACAAGCAUUUCAAAGAACCCCCUACAAUCUCAAAACUCUCAUCCAUUAUUAGUUUCACAAGCACAAGACUUUCAAAAAUCCCUCACAAUCUCAAAACCUUCAUUUUUAUCCCAAUCCAGUAGUAAGAUUUACAACUUAUUGUAAAUAUUUAAAUAAAUCAGUGUUUUAAAAACUCAAUUGAAUUGGUUGAUCGAACUGGCAACUAAAAGAGUCAUCGGUCUGAUUUUAUUGUUGGACCGGGUAUGUUACUGAACCAGUAAAAAUUGAUUAGAAUCGGCCAAAACCGAUGAAGUGGUG